AAGCAUUCAAAGUUUACAAACCCACAUAUCCGCGUUUACCACAACAUUCACGAACACGAUGGAGAGAUCCAGCACCGGAAGAGCUGAAAAUGCCGAUGAGAGCGGUGUCGUUUCAUUCUCAGAUCGAAACCUUGAAAGGAAGAAGGUGAAAAUGGGAGAACAAGAAGAAGAGAAAGAGUCGGUGGAGCAGGUAUUCGAGUCCAAGGAGGUUCCGUCAUGGCAGAACCAACUCACUCUGAGAGCCUUCGUCGUGAGUUUCGUGCUCGGAAUUCUCUUCACUUUCAUCGUGAUGAAGCUGAAUCUCACCACUGGGAUUAUACCUUCUCUCAAUGUCUCUGCGGGGCUCUUGGGAUUCUUCUUCGUCAAGACAUGGACCAAGUUUCUGGACAAGUCUGGACUCCUCAAACAGCCUUUCACUCGCCAAGAGAACACCGUCAUUCAGACCUGCGUCGUCGCUACCUCCGGCAUCGCCUUCAGCGGAGGCUUUGGGAGUUAUCUUUUUGGCAUGAGUGAACUUGUUGCCAAACAGUCAACUGAAGCUAAUGAUGCACAGAAUAUAAAGAACCCAACGUUGGGAUGGAUGAUUGCAUUUCUUUUUGUCGUUAGCUUUCUUGGACUCUUUUCUGUGGUGCCUCUUCGAAAGAUAAUGAUCAUAGACUUUAAACUGAUUUAUCCAAGUGGCACUGCAACUGCUCACCUUAUCAACAGCUUCCACACUCCUCAAGGUGCCAAGCUAGCAAAGAAACAAGUCAGAACUCUGGGCAAGUUCUUCUCAUUCAGUUUCUUCUGGGGCUUCUUCCAGUGGUUCUUCACUGCAGGGGAUGACUGUGGAUUUGUAAACUUUCCUACAUUUGGUCUCAAAGCUUAUGAAAACAAGUUUUACUUUGAUUUCUCAGCAACUUACGUCGGUGUCGGGAUGAUCUGUCCGUAUAUAAUCAACAUAUCUUUGCUAGUUGGGGCAAUCCUAUCAUGGGGCCUAAUGUGGCCACUCAUACAAGUACAGAAAGGCCAUUGGUACUCUGCAGAGCUUAAACCAAGCAGCCUCCAUGGCCUGCAAGGUUACAAGGUCUUUAUAGCAAUAGCCAUGAUCCUUGGUGAUGGCCUCUACAACUUUGUCAAAGUCCUCGGUCACACACUAUUUGGUAUGUAUCGUCAACUCCGUGAUAAAGGACGAAACAGUGUCCUCCCUGUUGCUGGUCGCUCCCCCUCGAUGAAUAGUUCUCUAUCUUUUGAUGAUCAGCGUCGGACCCAACUCUUUCUCAAGGACGAAAUUCCAACAUAUAUUGCAGUUAUUGGCUAUGUUGGUAUUGCCGUUAUCUCUGCUGCAACACUUCCACUCAUCUUCCACCAACUCAAGUGGUACCAUAUUGUGGUUAUUUACAUCUUUGCACCGACACUAGCCUUCUGCAACGCAUAUGGAUGUGGUCUCACUGACUGGUCCUUGGCAUCCACCUAUGGAAAGCUAGCAAUCUUUACAAUUGGGGCGUGGGCAGGAUCGUCCCAUGGUGGUGUCCUUGCUGGGUUAGCAGCUUGUGGGGUCAUGAUGAACAUCGUGUCGACUGCGUCUGAUCUCAUGCAGGACUUUAAAACAGGCUAUAUGACCCUGGCUUCACCACGGUCCAUGUUCGUGAGCCAAGUCAUUGGAACUGCAAUGGGUUGUGUUAUUUCCCCUUGUGUAUUUUGGCUCUUCUAUAAGGCUUUCCAUGAUUUUGGUGUCCCGGGUUCACAGUACCCUGCUCCUUAUGCUCUUGUCUAUCGCAACAUGUCAAUCCUAGGUGUUGAAGGCUUUUCAGCUUUGCCAAAGCACUGCCUCAAUCUCUGCUACGCUUUCUUUAUUGCAGCCAUAGUUGUCAAUGCCAUCAGAGAUGCUGUGGGGAAAGAGAAAGCUCAGUUUAUUCCUCUUCCAAUGGCAAUGGCAAUACCCUUUUAUCUCGGAUCAUACUUUGCUAUUGAUAUGUGUGUUGGGAGCUUGAUACUAUUUAUUUGGCGGAAGCUAAACAAGGACAAAGCCGAUGCAUUUGGACCUGCCGUGGCUUCUGGAUUGAUUUGUGGGGACGGAAUAUGGACUUUGCCCAGUUCAAUACUGGCAUUGGCAGGUGUAUAUCCUCCCAUCUGCAUGAAAUUUCUGUCAAAGAAAGCAAACUCAAAGGUUGAUGCUUUCUUGGGUUCUUAAAAGGAUUCUUAUUAGUUCAGCAAUUAUAUGUUCUGUCUUGGGUUUUUGUCAUGUUCUUUGUUUUCGCAGCUUUCCCACCUCCUUCAAACUGGUUGUUGUGUAUACAUUUUAAGUGCAUAAUCAUCAAGUAUUUGUCAUUGAUCCAACACUCCAGCUCAUAGUUGACUACUACUAGUAUGAAGGAGCUCAAAAAGUCCUAGAUUGUUAUGAAUAACUGCAGUGGGUAACAAAGUACAUGCUAUAAUCUACUGUUUGAUACCUAGUAGUUUCUA